AUGAGCAGCAUGAUGAAGGCGGCCAUAUUCAUUGAACCGGGGCGGAUCGAACUGGACGAAAAGCCUGUUCCCGAUGUUGGGCCGAACGAUGCGCUGAUCAGGACGACCACGACGACGAUUUGCGGCACCGACGUGCAUAUCCUGAAGGGCGAAUACCCGGUCGCCAAGGGGCUGACGAUCGGCCAUGAACCGGUCGGCAUCAUCGAGAAGCUGGGCUCCAAUGUGGAGGGUUACACCGAGGGCCAGCGCGUCAUCGCCGGCGCGAUCUGCCCGUCGGGUCAUUCCUAUGCCUGUCUUGACGGGCUGCAUUCGCAGGACGGCCAGUGCGGCAAGCAUGGCCUGAAGCCGCUCGGCGGCUGGCGGUUCGGCAACACGAUCGACGGGACCCAGGCCGAAUAUGUGCUGGUGCCCGAUGCGAUGGCCAACCUGUCUCCGGUGCCGGAUCUUCUGACCGACGAACAGGUGCUGAUGUGUCCGGAUAUCAUGUCGACCGGUUUUGCCGGCGCCGAAAGCGGCCAGAUCCGGAUCGGCGAUACGGUCGCGGUCUUCGCGCAAGGUCCGAUCGGGCUGUGCGCGACCGCCGGCGCCAAGCUGAAGGGCGCAACGAACAUCAUCGUCGUCGACCAGGUCCCCGCGCGGCUGGAGAUCGCCAGGAAGAUGGGCGCCGACCAUGUCAUCGAUUUCAGCAAGGUCGAUCCUGUCGCCGAGAUCAUGCGGAUCACCGACGAUCGCGGCGUGGACGUAUCGAUCGAGGCGCUCGGUCUUCAGGAAACCUUCGAGGCCUGCCUGCGCGUGCUCAAGCCGGGCGGUACGCUGUCGAGCCUGGGCGUCUACUCGACCGAUCUGACGCUGCCGCUGGAUGCAUUCGGCGCGGGGCUCGGCGACAACAAGAUCGUCACCUCGCUUUGCCCCGGCGGCAAGGAGCGCAUGCGCCGGCUGAUGAACGUCAUCGAAAGCGGCCGCGUCGAUCUGGAGCCCCUGGUGACGCACCGCUACAAGCUCGAUGACAUCGUGGAAGCCUAUGAUCUGUUCGCCAACCAGCGCGACGGCGUGCUGAAGAUCGCCAUUACGCCAUAG